GCAUUUCGCCCUUCCCUUUAAGACGCACCGCCCUUUCUCAGUCACUCCCAAGAUGGCGGACCUACUGGGCUCCAUCCUGAGCUCCAUGGAGAAGCCACCCAGCCUCGGGGACCAGGAGUCUCGGCGCAAGGCCCGAGAGCAGGCUGCCCGCCUGAAGAAACUGCAGGAGCAAGAGAAACAACAGAAAGUGGAAUUUCGUAAAAGGAUGGAGAAAGAGGUGUCAGAUUUCAUCCAAGACAGUGGGCAGAUCAAGAAAAAGUUUCAGCCGAUGAACAAGAUAGAGAGGAGCAUCCUACACGAUGUGGUGGAAGUGGCCGGCCUGACGUCCUUCUCCUUCGGGGAAGAUGAUGAGUGUCGCUACGUCAUGAUCUUCAAAAAGGAGUUUGCACCCUCUGAUGAAGAGCUGGACUCCUACCGUCGCGGGGAGGAGUGGGACCCCCAGAAGGCUGAGGAGAAACGGAAGCUGAAGGAGCUGGCCCAGCGGCAGGAGGAGGCGGCGGCCCAGCAGGGCCCCGUGGUGGUGAGCCCCGCUAGCGACUACAAGGACAAGUACAGCCACCUCAUCGGCAAGGGCGCAGCCAAGGACGCGGCCCACAUGCUGCAGGCCAACAAGACCUACGGCUGCGUGCCCGUGGCCAACAAGAGGGACACUCGCUCCAUCGAAGAGGCCAUGAACGAGAUCCGGGCCAAGAAGCGCCUGCGGCAGAACGGGGAAGAGUUGCCGCCUACCUCCUAGGCACCGCGGCUCCCCGGGGCAGGGCAGGGGGCGGGGCAGGGGGCGGGGCAGGGGGCGGGGGGACAGGCUGCUGCUACUAGACCCAUCCUGGAGCCCCACCUCCGCAGCACCUCCCGCCGGCCUCACUCGGGCUGGGGGCCGGUGGUCUCCGCGUCACUGUCGGAGCCUGGCUGUGUGCGUGCGUGUGUGCGUGUGUGCGAAUGCGCAGGUGGGUAUUUAACGUGUAUCAUUCUCCUUUCUCCUUGGAAUUUCCUUCCCCGUGGGCUGGGAUGACUUACAUUCAAUAAACACUGUUGACCCAACA